CGGAAUACAGAAUAAUUAAAAUUUUGGCGCCAUCCCGCAUUUACUCUGUUGUUGCAUAACACGGCAACAGUUGCAGUAGGAUGGUGAAGCGCAAACUUAAGGAAAGAGACAAUGGUGAUGGCAAAACUGACGAGCCAAUAUCGUCCAUCCAUAGCUUUAAAAACGAAGAGAAAAAGGAAUUUCGUCAGAAAUUAGUUACUUGGUUUCAAGAAAACCAAAGGGAUCUCCCAUGGAGAAAUCAUUUGAGCAAUCCAGAUGUCGAUCAAAGAGCCUAUGCAGUGUGGGUCUCGGAGAUCAUGUUACAGCAAACACAGGUAGCAACAGUGAUUGAGUACUACAAAAGAUGGAUGAAGAAAUGGCCAACUUUACAGGACCUGGCAAAAGCUUCUCUGGAGGAGGUGAAUGAGAUAUGGUCGGGUCUGGGUUACUACAGCAGAGGCAGGAGGUUGCUGGAGGGAGCUCAAAAGGUUGUUAAAGAAUUUGGAGGAAAGAUGCCAAGGACAGCCGAGAGUCUGUUGAAACACUUACCUGGGGUUGGCAGGUACACAGCAGGAGCGAUAGCCUCCAUAGCUUAUGGUCAGGCUACAGGAAUUGUAGAUGGUAAUGUGAUUCGAGUUCUGUGCAGAAUGAGGAUCAUUGGAGCUAAUUCCACAAGUCAACCAGUCCAAAACAAACUGUGGAGUUUGGCUGAUGAGGUUGUAGACCCAGACCACCCUGCUGAUUUUAAUCAAGGAAUCAUGGAGUUGGGGGCCACAGUUUGUACCCCCAAGUCUCCCGGCUGUGCCUCCUGUCCCGUACAGAACCUGUGUCUAGCUAAAGCCAUGGUAGACCAGAACAAACACAGAAAUGGCAACAAGCUCGGAAUCAACAAUGGACCAAUCAUUGCAGAUAUAGAAUGUGCUGCUGACAAAUGUGAUCUGUGUUUACCAGAAAACGAGACAUGGGAUGAAAAAGAAGGGGUCCAGAAUUAUCCAAGAAAAGCUGGUAAGAAGGCAGCUAGAGAAGAGAAGACGAGUGUGUGUGUGCUGUGUAGGAGGACAAAGAGUGGAGCUGAUCAGUAUUACCUGGUACAGAGGGCCCAGAAAGGAUUACUGGCGGGUCUGUGGGAAUUCCCCUCUGUGAAGGUGGAGGAUGAGUCUGAUGAGACGGUGGGUCACACAAUACAGGAGAUCCUCCAGAAGUCCUGUGGAUUGACCCUCCUCCCCUCCACACAAUCCUCAAUGGUCGGCAAUGUUGAGCACAUCUUUUCCCACAUUCACCAGACCUACAUAGUACAAGCAGUGAUUGUCCCCGAAGAGGAAGUGGAUGAUUCACAAGUUCAUGCGGAAAACAGUCGAUGGGUGACCAAGGAAGAGUUCUCUUCGGCUGCUGUUUCCACCGCCAUGAAAAAGGUUUUCAAAGCUUUUGAAAGUCAUGGAAAAAAGAAAACAAGCACUGCUGAUCCUGGUAAAAACCAAAAGUCUAUAACAGCAUUUUUUAAAAAGAAAAAGGAAUGAUUCCUCAGAUUCAACUUGUGGCUUUUACAGACUUGUGUACUUUAUAUGUGUUUCAAGGUCAUAUGUGGUCUGAAAUACAUGUGAAGUGCUAGAGGUGCUAUUUUCAUAAUUGUCUGGAAUAUUCAUGUAUAAUUGUACAGACACACUUUGUAAAAGAUUGAAAUAGUUGUUAGUGCAAUUGUCAGCCCAAUUGCAUCGUAGGAGGGAAUGACAUUGUAUUGAAACCAUUAUAUUUUGUAUAAUACUGUCAUACUGAAUAUUAGUAGCAGUAUAAUUUACACUUUUAUUAAAAAAUAUAUAUUCUUAA